CCUCCGCUUUUCUCGUUGCUGUUGGCCGUCCGUCUCUCCGCCUCCACCUCCACCCCACCGCUCUCCCUCGCUCCGCUCCCCAAUGGCGGCCACCUCGAGCCUCACGGCGGCCGCCGCCGCCGCCUCCCCUCCGCUCCUCCUCCCCAGGCCCACCGGAGCUGCCCCUCUCGCUCCCUCCGCUGCCGCCUUCCUCCGCCGGCCCGUCUCUCGCUGCUCCUCCAGGUUCCAGUCCGUCAAGACCAAGUGCACAGAAAAUGAUCAGACCGCAAAGAAGCCUCAGAAGGUAAGUAGCAUUGUCUGCAAGGACUGCGAAGGAAACGGUGCUAUACUGUGCACCCAGUGCAAGGGAACUGCGGUGAAUUCUGUUGACCAUUUCGGGGGCCGAUUUAAAGCUGGAGCAUUAUGCUGGCUUUGCAGAGGAAAGAAGGAAAUCUUGUGCGGUAGCUGCAAUGGUGCUGGAUUCUUGGGUGGAUUCCUGAGCACUUUUGAUUCAACUGCAGAGUAGGGUGAAUGGUUUAUAGUCUUUUUCGUGUUUUUAUUGUAUUUGAGCAAUUUUGAGGGAUCUAAUAUGUAAAAUUUUCCACCUUGUUGCCUCUCGAGACAAUUUGUGCUCUAGAAUUGGGGCCAAUUUCAGGGACCAAAGCAA